AUGGAAGGCGAGUCGCUGCUGGCCGGGGCCCUUUCAAUAGCCUUGUGCUACGUGCACCGCUGGAGGGGCGGAGGCCCUGCUGCUGAGAGCCGCGUUUUGCUGCUGGACAUUUCGGACAAAAAGGGUUUUGCUGCUCAGUGCAUUCCUCUCUUAAACACUGCCUUCGCAGCGAGCAAACAGGGCGUUGCCAUCGACUGCUGCUCCCUGCUUCCCGACUGCUCGACGCUGCUGGAGCAGCUGUGCGACGUGACGCGGGGCCGGUGGAUGAGUUUCGCGGAGUGUUUCAGCGCGGGAGCAGCAGCAGCAACAGCAGCAGCAGCAGCAGCAGCAAAGGGCCCCAAAACCCUCCGCGGAGACUUCGCGCUGCUGCAGCUGCUGCUGUUUUGGUUUCUCCCCAAACCCUCGCUGCGCCCCACAAUUGCUGCAGUGUCUGUACACCACAAAACCAACACUGCUGUUUGCUUCUGCCACCACAAACCCGUCGACCUCUGCUUUGUCUGCUCCUGCUGCCUUGCUAUCUACUGUUCGGAAACCUCAGACAGCGGCAAAGAGCGAAUCUCCUGCGACGUCUGCAAGUAG